AUGCAACCACAAGAUCUUUGCAAGGGAAUCAGAGAUCCAGAGAAGCCUGCAACCCUGGAAGAAUUGAAUAUCAUACAAGAGGAAAAUAUUCAUCUAAUACCAAUUUCCAAUACAACUUGUAUUAUCAUCGAGGUAUUUUUUGUACCAACAGUUCCCCAUUGCCAUUUAGCUACUGUUAUUGGUUUGUGCCUCACAGUAAAGCUACAAGAAUGCCUGCCUAAGAAGUACAAAAUUCGUGUCAAAAUAAAAGAAGGAAGCCAUGACUCAGAGCUUGAAAUCAACAAGCAGCUGAAUGAUAAAGAAAGAGUGUCAGCAGCCAUGGAAAACCCAUCUCUUAGUGAAUUGGUCAACACGUGUAUACACGAUACGUAA